AUGGUCAAAUUGUCUUCCUAUAGUUUUUUCCCCUUCCAAGUUCCAAGAAACUCCUCUAUACCAUCCAAAUCUCUCCUAUAUAUUAUUCUCCACCACCCCUUUUUCUCAAAAUCACUCAAUUCUUGAUUUAUUUAUCCACUUUUCACUUUUCCAAUGGAUUCAAGAAAGUCAAAUUUCAAUGAUUUAUUGCCUUUUAUGGCUGAAAAACUAGGUGGGGUUGGUUUGAUUGAUGAGUUAUGUAAAGGGUUUGAGUUAUUAAUGGAUAGGAAUAAAGGGGUUAUCACAUUUGAGAGUCUGAAGAAGAAUUCAGCUUUGUUGGGACUUCAAGAUUUGAGUGAUGAUGAUCUUAGGUGUAUGGUUAAAGAAGGUGAUUUUGAUGGUGAUGGAGCUCUUAAUCAGAUGGAGUUUUGUGUGUUGAUGUUUAGAUUGAGUCCUGAGUUAAUGGAGGAAUCUCAGUUUUUGUUAGAUGAAGCUCUUCAUCAAGAUUCUGACUUUACAUUGUAACUUUCCCUUUUUACCCUUGUACUUCCUAUGAAAGAUUGUGACUUUUCAUUGUAACUUUUGUCAACUUUUGUCUUUAAUAGUACUAAACAUGUAAUACAUUGCAAAAACAUAUACAGAAAGUUGUAUGAAUGGAGAAACAACUUGUUUAUUCA